AUGCGGCGGGUGCGGGUGGUGCUGGGGCACCUCGCUGGGGCCCCCCCGGGCCCCGGCCCCGGCCCCGGCCCGGGGCUGCGGGCUGCCCCCUGCGCGAGCCGCGCCGCGGCCGGCAGCCCCGACGAUGUGGUGGUGGUGCACGGGCGGAGGACCGCCAUCGGCCGCGCCAAGCGCGGCGGCUUCAAGGACACUACACCUGAUGAGCUGCUGUCUGCUGUUAUGACAGCUGUCCUUCAAGAUGUCAAGCUUCGUCCUGAGGUCCUGGGAGAUAUCUGUGUAGGAAACGUGCUGCAGCCUGGAGCUGGUGCUUUGAUUGCAAGAGUUGCACAAUUUCUAAGUGGUAUCCCAGAGACUGUACCUUGCUCGAGUGUUAACAGGCAGUGCUCCUCUGGGUUACAGGCUCUUAUCAAUAUAGCUGGUGGCAUCCGAAAUGGCUCGUAUGACAUUGGCUUGGCCUGUGGCGUGGAAACGAUGUCCCUCAGAAGUGGAAACAACCCUGGUGAUAUCAGUUCUAGCAUGAUGGAAAACAGCAAAGCUCGAGAUUGCCUUAUUCCUAUGGGAAUAACCUCAGAAAAUGUGGCAGAAAAGUUUGGAGUUUCCCGAAAGAAGCAAGAUGCCUUUGCCUUGGCUUCUCAACAAAAAGCCACAAAAGCUCAGCAGAUGGGGCUGUUUGAAACAGAGAUUGUUCCAGUGAAGACCACAGUUGUAGAUGACCAGGGCAACCAAAAAACCAUCACUGUGCACCAAGAUGAAGGGAUUAGGCCCUCUACUACCCUGGAAGGCCUGGCAAAGCUGAAACCUGCUUUCAAAGAGAACGGUAGCACUACAGCAGGUAAUGCCAGCCAGGUCAGUGACGGAGCAGCUGCUGUUCUCUUGGCAAAACGCUCAAAAGCUGCACAGUUAGGGCUCCCCGUCCUGGGGGUGCUCAGAUCCUUUGCUGUGGUAGGAGUCCCACCUGACGUUAUGGGCAUCGGACCAGCCUACGCCAUCCCUGUUGCUGUGGAGAAGGCGGGUUUGACUCUGAAUGAUAUUGAUAUAUAUGAAAUUAAUGAAGCCUUUGCUAGCCAGGCCGUAUACUGCAUUGAAAAGCUGGGCCUUCCCAUGGAGAAGGUCAACCCCCUCGGUGGAGCCAUAGCUCUGGGGCACCCACUGGGCUGUACUGGUGCUCGUCAAGUUGUCACUUUGCUCAACGAAUUGAAGCGCAGAGGGAAAAGAGCAUACGGCGUUGUAUCAAUGUGCAUUGGAACUGGCAUGGGAGCUGCAGCAGUAUUUGAGUACCCAGGGAACUAAACUCCAGUGUACUGAAGACACAAUACAGCACCUAAUUUUCUGCCUUCUCUAGUAAUAGCAAACAAUUUGCACUGUGAAAUCAAGUGAUUUCAGGGAUUCAUUACUGGACCUACAAAUUUUAGCCACAAAUUAAGUAGACUAAAUUAUACAUAUCUGGCAUUUGCUUCAGAGUUAAAAUGCAUCCUAACCUGAGAAAUGUGUUCAGCUGAACUUCAAAUACAGGCCUAGGUCUGGUGCGUAUGAAUAAAUAUUUGUAAUCUACUUGAUCCCUUUAUUCUGUGAAUAUUAUCAGAGAGUAGUAGUUCAUCAGAGAGUCAUUUUGUUGGACAGAUGUUCUACAACUGUCACUUAAAAUGAAAAUACUAGUGCAAAUGAUAGGCUUUUCCGUGAUUUUCUUACAAAGAUCUUUAAGAAUCAGACUUGUAAGCGUUCUAGAAAGCCUUAUUUUUUGUAAGCAGUGUAAAAAUGUGUAACACUUCCUUUAUGACUACAUCUGUUCUAGCCAACUUACAACUCGAAUGUGUCUUAAACUGUCCAUAUGCUGAAGGGUAUGCUUUAGCAUUCUAACCUUUGGGUUCUUUUUCUUUUAUUUUUUAAAAAAAGAAAAAAAAAAGUGAAAUCUCCAGUGGGGCAAAAUGGAAGGACUAGCAAGCAGUACGUUCACGAGCCAGGCUUCUCUCAUCAAACAAACCCUUAGGGUGCCUAAAGAGAAAAGGUUUCAUAAAUUGCUAGGAAUUUCAAAAGGGUCAUUCAUCUUUUACAACAUUUUUUGCAAGAGCUUGUGGGAUUCUAACUUAGAAGACAAGGUUAUGUUUAAGGAUAUUUAAUUACCUAAUAUGGAACAGAUUUCAGCAUAUCACUCUUGCUGCAAGCACUACGUGACUGUCACCACCAUGCUCUGUAUGUCAGUGCUGAUACAAAUGUAUACCUUUCAUACUGUAAAAUUCUCCCCUAUGCAUUCCUCUUAUCAACAGAAAGAUUAUUAAAAUGGAGAGCUAAGUGCUUGAAAAAGAAAUGUAUGCAUUGUCUUUGACAUGUUAGAGAAGUUUAAAUUUGUAACACAGACUGAAGUACUUUGCCCUGGCUUUUGUUUCUGCAGUUAGUAAUAUAUUUGGGUUCUCGCAAUAUGUUGUAUCCUUUUCAUUAUGAUUGUUAGUUGAAGGUUAUGAUUGAGUAGAGCUAUUUUAUAUUCUCACAUUCCUGUUCUGCAGCCAGUCUCACUGGGCAAUCUGGCAUGCUGUGUUUUACAGCGAAAGGAUGGAAUUAUCGAGAGCAGGCAGAGAGGCACUUCACAUCUUCACGGCUCCAUUUCGCACACUGGGGUUCCUAUGGACAAAAUGAAUUCUCAUUGCUGGGACAAGUCUGCCUUAAACUAGGCAGCAGGCAGCGAUCCUCAUCUUUUGGUCUCCUCUGCUGGGGAUUGCAGCCCCAUCUUCCCCACUCGCCCUGCCUUCAGCAAAGGUCUUUUACAUGAUGGGAGUGGAAAAAUUAACAGGCUCAGAAGUGGGAAUUUCAGUGACCUUUACAUGUUUUUAAUAUUACUUUAGCUAAAAGAGAAGUGUGAGUAAAUGGGAACCAUGUGAGGGGAAAGAAUUGAAAGUAAGAUUGGUUCCUCCCUCUAGUUGACGGGGCUGUUCCCAAUGCCCAGGCAUGAUGAAACGUGCAGGCUGAUGAUUUUCCAGGGAGUUUAGGGAAAGCUGGAACUCUCUCUUGCCAUGUAAGGCACUGAACAAACAGCCAGCAGGAACGCUGGCCUCGGUCGCUGGUUCUCGCUGCUGCUGUUUGCCCCUUUUAAUGGGAAAUGAGGAGUGGGGAAAAAUAAAAAAAAGCACCUCCAAAGAAAACCUUCUUUUUAACAUAUCAACAGUCUUUUGAUUAUAAUUUCAGGCCAAAACCACUUUGCUUAUGCUGUAAGCAAAGCUGCUUUGCAAUUUAAAAUUAUUUUGUAGAGCUAGUUUUGUGGGUUCUGGUAAGCUUAGCACAGCAAUAAAAGUAAUAGCAUGGGAUGAGAUUGUAACUGUUUGGAGUGCCAUAAAUUUUUAUUCCUCAUAACUUCAAAUUUUAUUCUGUUAAAAUUUCAGUUCAUAUUUAAAAACUGAAGUAGAUAAAAUACCAGAUCAGCUAAUGAUAUUUCUAAAUCUGACCCAUUACCUUGACAUUUAUCCCACAAUGUCUUAAGUUAUAUUUAGAUAUUCAUAUUUUUCAUCAUAUGUUCCUUGUCCCCUGAGCCAUAGCUUGCAAGGCUUCUCUCCCAGCAUCCCAGUAAUGAUCACAGUAGUUUCAUAUACAAUGUUACUCCUAAAAUGCAAAGGGAAAAGACAGUUCAGUUAGAGCUGGACACAAUUCUCUUUUUAAGGAUGAGACUAGUAAUUUUGUGGAGGAAAAUGGAGCUACAUUGCUACACGUAGCAUAUGUUAAAAGAAUGCUACUCUCCAUCUCAGGUAAAGAUGUUGGGUUAUUAACUUCAUGUUUGAAAGAACUGUAGUAUCUUUUCUAGUUGUGAAAUUACAUUUUAUUGAAAUGAGAUGGAGAGAUGACUGACUGGCUGACUUACUAAAAUCAUUUUACAUCUGCCAUAUAAUUAUUUUACUAAUGCCAUGCUGUUUCUGAGCACUGCAGUGUUGGAAAUUCAUCCUCUAGAGCUGAAUGGAAGAGUUGGCUACUAUACAGCAACAUACUUGCUUUCUGGUAGUUUCUGGCAUGAUGAUUAAUGUGUUUGUUGUCAAACAAAAGAAAAGGCUUUGGGCAUGUUCAAAGUCAUCCUAGAAAACUUGGGCUAGCAGGAACCUCUGCAGGUCCCUGGUCCAAAGAUCUCAGCAAGGAAAAUCAUGUGUAAUGGAAGAUAAAUUUUCCCACAGGAGUUGCAGCUCCCUAAUAAGAGCAAAAAAAUUUAAAGCUUUGGGUCACUGCUUCUGUCAUUCACAAGUAAACCUUGCUCUCGUCUGGUCUUUACUGUCAUCUGCCUGCAGCCCACGUUAUCUUUUGCUGUUCAGAAAAACCUUUGGACUAGAGGUGGCAAAAAUUCCAUAAACCCAACAUGGCUCUUAUAUUAAACAUUAAACCAUUACUUUUUAAGCCAGAGGAGAAUAAAUUGUGUCACCGCAUUGGAACGAUAUUUUGCUCUGUUUGCUUUAUCAGCAGGUACUCUGAAAGCAUACAGGGAAUUAAAGGAAUUCACCAAGUUGUUUUAGAGAAAAGCCACGUAAACUAUAAUGAAGGAUCCCUGAGCCUGCUUGCAAAGGACAUAGCAUAGUGCUUUCGUGCACAAUGAACAGAUGUUUUUACUGGAAUUUUGAACUACUCCAGACCCAUUUCUUCCUCUGUCUUAAUAAACUGCUGGAUGCAUAAAGAA